AUUUGCUCUCCCUGUCAUGAGAGCUGCAAAGCGGAGUGUUGGGCAAUGACUCCAGUUACCCGGAAUUUCCCUGAAGUGAUGCGGACAAUGUAGUGAAGGAUCAAAUUGAUUUGUGUUAUUGCUCAGUGGUCGGAUUGAAAAAUAAAGCCAGUGGAUAUCUGUGUUAUAUUGUCAAUAUAUAUAUCUAUAAAGAAACGCUGUUCAAGAUGAACGGGAGACCCUGUAAUAUUGCCCACCGGAGGUCGGCUACACCUCAGGGACAAGGACAGGCACAAGCCAUGAUAAACGGCCAGCAGAUCCCCCCAAUCAGGAUACAGUCAGAAACCCCCUACCCGCCUGUAAGCAGCGUAACCCCCAGCCCGGCUAAUGGCAUCCUGGCCAACAACAUGCACAUCAAGGUCUCGCUGAACGGCUGCCAACAGCACCCGACCACCUCCACCCCGCAAAACGGCUGCAUCACCCCCGAAAACAGCAUGCAGCUGCCCGCCCUGAGCCCCAGGAGACAGGUGGUCAACAAGCACACCUUCCAGGUCCCUCAGUCGCCAGGCCACCCUCUCCUGCUCACUGCCAAACCCAAGCAGAGCGAGCUCGGCUGCAUUUUUGCUUCAGGAUGUCUCAAAGGGAACCAUGGGUUUGGACCACAGUGCAAAGCAAUUGGGAAAGUCACCAGCAACAACCUUGUGGUUACAAGCAGUCCCCUGGUGGUCCAGAGAGCAGGGCUGCUGUCAAACCAGGCUAUAGUCCAUGGCAACCACUUCAAUCGGGCCAUGCACCGCCCGAUGCACUCCAAUCUGAAUAUUCCUGCUUCAGAUACAAGAUCCAUUACCUCUGGUGGAUCACUGGCUUCCGCUACACUCAGCCUUAUAGAAAGUCAGUCAACCUUGAGCGUGAAGCAAGAGUGGCCUCAUGGUUACCCAAUCCUUCCAUCGCUCCCAUCAAACCAAGGCUCCCAGAACAGCAGUGAGCUGGGAGACAUGCUGAGUAUACCUCCCGGCACCGCCAUGUCCAACAACAGCACCUCCAACUCGUUGCCUUCAUACCUGUUUGGGAAUGAGAACAGCUCCCGUAACUCAGCCCGCUCCAACUCUGCUCGCUCCAGGAAGCGAGGCCUUUCCACCUCCCCCUUCUCCGACGGAGUGGGUAUCGACCUCAUCAUUCGUACCUCCCCCACCUCUCUGGUGGCAUACAUCAAUGGGUCCAGGGCGUCUCCAGCUAAUAUCUCCCCUCAGCCUGAAGUGUGUGGGCAUUUCCUCGGAGUGAGAGGCAGCUGCAUCCCUCAGUCAUACAGCGCUGCGGGCAACCAGCGCAGUCUCUUUACGCUCACCGACAUCGAAACCAGCAACGGUGUGUACCAGCGCAUGCAGCACCUGGAGCAAUCACCCCUGCAGCCCAUGGUGAUGAACAACAUGGUCGUCCAACAAAGUAUCUCCGUGCUGGAUAACCAGCAGUAUGACAUGUUUAAGAACGAACAGGUGGACGAUUUCUCCGCAGGUAUGGAGAUGCCUGCUCUGCCCCAAGGCCCUCCUCCGCCUUACCAUGCGCACCAGCACCUCCUGAGCCUCGCGCACCAGCAUGGCCAGCCCUCACCGCAGGGAGCCCAGCCGGACGAGGACGGGGAGCCGUCGAAUGUCAAUGGGAAGCACUGCUGCCGGUGGAUAGACUGCAGUGGCGUGUACGAUGAGCAGGAGGAGCUGGUGAGGCACAUUGAAAAGGCACACAUAGACCAGCGCAAAGGGGAGGACUUCACGUGCUUCUGGGCCGGCUGCCCGCGCAGAUACAAGCCGUUCAACGCCCGCUAUAAACUUUUGAUCCACAUGAGGGUGCAUUCGGGAGAGAAGCCGAACAAGUGCACGUUUGAAGGCUGCAAUAAGGCUUUUUCAAGACUCGAAAAUCUCAAGAUUCACCUACGAAGCCACACUGGGGAAAAGCCCUACCUAUGUCAGCAUCCAGGCUGCCAAAAGGCCUUCAGCAACUCCAGCGACAGAGCCAAGCAUCAGAGGACACACUUAGACACAAAACCAUACGCCUGUCAGAUCCCGGGCUGUACUAAGCGGUACACGGACCCAAGCUCCCUCAGAAAGCACGUGAAGGCACAUUCCACAAAAGAACAGCAGGCGCGGAAGAAGUUACGAUCCAGCAAUGAGCCUGACCAGGAGAUGCUGAAUGACUGCCUGACCAUCCAGCCCCUGCAGCCCGCGACGUCACCGCAUGAUGGCGUGGAUGGCCCCCUGGGACGAUCCCCAGGCCCAGCCCAUGACAUGUAUUCAGGAAUGUUUUCCAGCACACACUCAAGCCGAAGUGGAACAGCAACAGGCCUCAUUUCCUCUUCCCAUCCUCCAAAUCAUCCAUCCCCGGUGCACAAUAUGCAAGGAAGCCCCCACAACCCACAGUCCCAGCUCCCCCCACUCCCAGUGGUAGACGAAGGAAAUGAAAGGUUUGUUGGCUCGGCUCCAUCUCCUCAUCACAUCAGUCCCAGGAGGAUCACAGCACCUCCUCCUUUGAUGCACAGAAGGACACCCCAGCCACCCCAAAUACAGCAGGGAUCAGGAGCCCAUCUCAAACCUUACCCACCUAUCACAACCUGCUCUGCACAGCCCAGCAGCAUCCCCAUUCAAGGUUAUUAUGGCCAGUUGCAGACUUUCUACCCGCCCCACUACAGUGAGUCGUCUCGAAGUAUGCGCCAAGCUAGCCCUCGUAAUAUGAUGCCUCCGUUUGAGGACUGUUUAUGUCCCACAACUGUGGGACAAGCUGGAUUCGAUGCUUUCCACAGGGCAUUGUCUGCUCAUCCCAGUUUUCCAGCUUAUGACUUUCAAUCAACUACCCCUGGGAUUUUUGGCGACUCGGUGCGGAAUUGUCCUGAAGACAGUGGUUUCCUCCAGAUUAACGCAGUUGAUCGUUGCCCUAGUCAGAUGUCUUCCAUUUACACAGAGGGUUGAGAUUUGAGAAAGGAACUACGAGGGAUUACAACCCGCGUUGCUCUUCUUCUGUUUAUUUUGAAACUUUUUUUACAAAAGAGAACUUUUUGAUAC